AUGAACCUGAAUGGCUGCCCGCAUCUCAAUGAAUUCAAACUGGCGAAGGGAACAGAACCAUUCCGGAUCAUCCACGCUUAUUUUAUUGCAUGCUCAUCAGCUGACGCCCGCAGACUUAAGGCAGAGAAAUGUUUGUGUCACACUUGUCACCAAGCCUCUGUUAGACUUCAUGCUUGUUUGGAGUGUGUGUUUUUUGGUUGUUUCAAAUCAAAACACAUUCAUGAGCAUGCAAAGAACAAAGGUCAUGAUUUAGCUGUGGAUCUAUCCUAUGGUGCUGUUUACUGUUCUUCCUGUGGAGACUAUGUCUAUGAUAAAGAGUUGGAAGACUUGGCUAAGGAUCAGAUAAGGAGAUCAGCUUGUUCCCUUGGUAUAAAAGAACAGUUUUCACCUUGGGAACCUGACCAAUGUGACGUGGAUUUAUUAUCUAAAAACAGGAAAAGACUAAAAGUGGAAGACAAUUCUACUAUUGGUUUAAGAGGCCUCAUCAAUCUGGGGAACACUUGUUUCAUGAACUGUAUCGUCCAAGCUCUGACACACACACCAAUAUUGCGAGACUUCUUCUUGGCUGACCAGCAUGUUUGCCAGAUGGACAAUGAAGCCCAGAAGUGCUUGGUGUGUGAGAUGUCCCGCCUUUUCCAGGAGUUUUAUUCAGGAAACCGCGCACCACACAUCCCAUAUCGUUUACUGCACCUUGUCUGGACCAAUGCCCGACAUCUUGCUGGCUAUGAACAACAGGAUGCCCAUGAAUUUCUCAUAGCAGCACUUGAUGUCUUGCAUCGACAUUGCAAAGGAACAAAUGGCCUCUCUUACAAUAACCCCCAUCACUGCAACUGUAUAAUUGAUCAAAUAUUCACAGGUGGCUUGCAGUCGGAUGUCACUUGUCAGGAGUGCAAUAAUGUGUCCACAACAAUUGACCCAAUCUGGGACAUCUCAUUAGAUUUGGGUCCUGGGCCUCCAUGCAGUACUCCAACUACAGCACCAAGCAGUACCUCUUCUUCCUCAGCUGCUGCUGCUGCUACUGCAAAUGCUACUUCCACUCCCACCACUACUAAUGCUACCAAUACAACCACAAAUAACAACACCAAUAAUGGUUCAACAAAUUCUCCAGCUUCAAGUUUCUCUAACAGUCCUGGGAAUUAUGAACCUACUUCACUGGUAGAAUGUUUAAAACGUUUCACUAAACCAGAACAUUUGGGCAGCUCAGCAAAGAUAAAAUGUAGCAGUUGCCAUAGUUAUCAAGAAUCGACAAAACAGUUGACCAUGAAAAAAUUGCCAGUGGUUGCUUGCUUUCAUCUGAAGCGGUUUGAGCACUCCACAGGUUACCACAAGAAGAUCUCGACAUUUGUGUCCUUCCCAGAAGAGUUAGACAUGACUCCAUUUAUGUCAUCCUCACGCAGUAACAACAAUGGAUACCGUAAUCAAGUUGUCCAAGAGUCUGCAAAAAGUCUUUCCUGUGAUAACAAAUAUUCACUAUUUGCUGUGGUCAACCACAGUGGCACGAUAGAAACAGGCCACUAUACAUGCUAUAUCCGACUACACAAGGACCAGUGGUAUAAAUGUGAUGACCAUAUGAUCACGAAAGCUACUCCCCAAGAGGUACUGAACAGUGAAGGGUAUUUACUGUUCUACCACAAACAGAUCUUGGAAUAUGAAUGA